GAAAAGGAUGGAGAGAAGAGUCGAGACAAAGACGAGAGGAGAGAGGCGAAGGCCAGAGAGAGAUGUAUGCUGAACGGACAUCACUUCAGCAUGGUCUCCUCCCAGACACAAUCCUCCUCCUGCCACCAAUGCAGCAAAACCAUCAACACUAAGGAUGCCUUUCUCUGCACCAAUUGCAAUUCACAUGUUCAUAAGAGUUGUAGAGAAAGCCUGCCUGUCUGUGCCAAGGUGAAGAUGAAGUCGCCCAGACAGCAGUUUGCAGUUCCAGAUUCAGCCACCAUUCCUGUUGUCACCCGGAGACCAAAACGAGGGUUAAACCCAGGUGCAUUGAGGGAGCGACCCUGGUCAGCCAUCUUGUCUCCAGAAGACCACUCCUCAUUGGUUGUUCCCUCCCGAAGACAUACCUCCAUCAUACCCUUCCCCGGCUCCAACCUGUCAAAGAGCAUCUCCAUAUCCAACAUCGCUGGUCACCAGGUGUUUGAUGACAUGCCUAUCAAGGGUCUGCGGUACCUGUCCCAUUCUACUGACUCUCUGUGCAAGACCAACCUGGUCAAUGAAUCUACAGAGUCACUCACAGACGAAGGCACAGAGAUGAUUGACAGUCAGCUGAUGGGGGAGUUUGAGGAAGACCUGAAAGAGCUGGAGGCAGACUCCUGGAGCAACGUUAUGAACAGCAACUUCCUCAAACAUCUGAAGAAGGAUGUCAUCAAGAGACAGGAAGUCAUCUACGAGUUGAUGCAGACAGAGAUGCACCACGUGAGGACCCUGCUGAUCAUGAUGGAGGUGUACAGUAAGGGUCUGGUGAAGGAGCUGCAGCUGGAACCUCAGACAGUAGACAGGCUGUUCCCUGCCCUGGGGGAGCUCCUGGACCUCCACACCUCCUUCCUGACACGUCUCCUGGAGAGGAAGAGAGAGAGCCAGCAGGAGGGGGAGGACGGAGGAUUCAUCAUCAACAAGAUAGGAGACAUCCUGGAGACACAGUUCUCAGGGACCAAAGCAGCGAUUAUGAAGAGAGUUUACGGGAAGUUCUGCAGCCGCCACAACGAGGCCGUAAACAUCUACAAGGAGCUGCACUCCAAAGACAAACGCUUCCAGGCCUUCAUCAGGAAGAAGAUGAGUAGCAGUAUCGUCCGGAGGCUAGGUAUCCCAGAGUGCAUUCUGUUAGUCACCCAGAGGAUCACCAAGUACCCCGUCCUGAUGCAGAGAAUACUACAUCACACCAAAGAGAAUGAGGAAGACCAUGAGGACCUGAGUGAUGCUCUAUACCAGGUCAAGGAGGUCAUCACUGCAGUGGACAGCAAGGUGAACGAGCAUGAGAAGAAGAGGAGGCUGAAGGACAUCUACAGCCGGACAGACAGCAAGUCCAUUAUGAGGAUGAAGAGCGGUCAGAUGUUUGCUAGAGAGGACCUGCUCAGAGGGAGAAGAUUGCUGUAUGAUGGACCUCUGCAGCUGAAGAACUCACAGGGGAAACUCAAGGAUGUAACGGCCAUGCUUCUCUCUGAUAUCGUCGUCUUCCUACAGGAGAAAGACCAAAAAUUUGUCUUUGCCUCUCUGGACCAGCGCUCCACGGUCCUCUCCCUCCAGAAGCUGAUCGUUAGAGAGGUGGCUAACGAGGAGAAGGGUCUCUUCCUGAUAACAGCAGGGAUGGAGAAACCAGAGAUGGUGGAGGUACACACUGCAACCAAGGAGGAACGCAACACCUGGAUGCAAAUCAUACAGGAGGCCAUGCAGUCCAUAGAGAAAUAUGAGGAUGAGGAGAACCCCAGUGAAACAGAGGAGGACAAGAGACUGCUGGAGACCAAAGCUAAGGAGAUGAGAGAGAUGCUGAGGAAGAAGGAUGAGCAGAUCAUGUGUAUGCUGGAGGAGAAGAUGGCCGUGUUUAGGGAGAUGUGUGAGGUCCGGAGCCCUGGAACCCCCAGGAACAGGCCCAGGAGAGGAGGACCAGCCCCAGCCAGGGAGCACUAAGGAGGAGAACCCAUCAUAAAGGGAGCACUACAGGAAGUGGAGACGUUGCAGGCGCUAGUGAACGGUACUCUGGGAGGAGCGAUGGGGGGCAGAGUGGUGGGCCCGGGCCCUGUAUGUCUCCUUCGCAGGGCCGAGACCUUCGGAGGCUUUGACUCUCAGCAGAUACACAUCUCUAAGAAUGGGGACAAAGAAGAGGGAGAGGACAGAGCAGACCUUCGCAGGACAGAGUCAGACGGUGUACUGAAGAAGGGGGAGAAUGCGACCAUGAUGCUGUUACUGAAGAGGAACACUGAGCAGGUCCUCCACAGUGUGAGCCACAUCCAUGACCUGCUCAGCACCCUGCAGGCAGUGGUAGUCCAGCAGGACAGCUUCAUUGAGGAUCAGCGCCAGGCUCUCACCAACCGCCCUGAACGCCUCACCUCCUUCUUCUCCUCCCGUCCCUCCUCCCGCCACAACCUGAUCGAGCAGGAGAAACAGCGCAGCCUGGAGAAACACAGGCAGGAGGCGGCCUCGCUGCAGCGCCAGCAGGCCACACACGACCAGGAGAAGAGGAGGAGGGAGAGGGAGUGGGAGGUGCGGGAGCAGCAGCUGACAGACAGGGAGGUGCAGCUCCUGGUACAGGAAGAGGAGACGGGGAGGAGGAGCAGGGAGCUAGUUACGGAGAGGGUGGAGCUACAAAGGAAGAAGAAGGACUAUCUGAUAGAUCUAGAGCGACUGAGAGACGCUCGGAAACUAGAUCGAGACAGAGAAAACAUACAGCGAGAAAUGGAGAGGGUAGAACACAUGAGAAUGGCUAAGAUACCCAGCACCUAGAGCCUCCUCUAGAUGGAGAGAUCUACUUCUGUUGAGGAGACCCCUCUUCAUCUCCUCCGAUGUCAAUGCAACGUCCCUCUCACCAGCUGAAUGGAAGGCCAAGUUGCCAAAGUGCCCCCAUCGUCAAACCCUCUAAGUCCUCACAAACACUCCCAACUGACACACAAUAGGAAGUGGAAGGUCUCUCAUCAUGUGAGUCAUAAGCUCCAGCUGCAAUGUUCUGUCUCAGUGCUCACUACAGAUUGGCUCCUGACUGUCACCUGCUAAAAAAUAUAACAAUAAGGACACUGUUUCUAUGUUAGAUACUGUAGGUUAAAGAUUGUCUAUAACAAUAAAGACACUGUGUCUAUGUUAGAUACUGUAGGUUAAAGAUAGUCUAUAACAAUAAGAAACUGCUUCUAUGUUAGAUACUGUAGGUUAAAGAUUGUCUAUAACAAUAAGGACACUGUUUCUAUGUUAGAUACUGUAGGUUAAAGAUUGUCUAUAACAAUAAGGACACUGCUUCUAUGUUAGAUACUGUAGGUUAAAGAUUGUCUAUAACAAUAAGGACACUGUUUCUAUGUUAGAUACUGUAGGUUAAAGAUUGUCUAUAACAAUAAGGACACUGUUUCUAUGUUAGAUACUGUAGGUUAAAUAUUGUCUAUAACAAUAAGGACACUGUUUCUAUGUUAGAUACUGUGCUCCUGAUGUGCUUGACAUGUUGCAAUAAUCUCAAUACAUUUUACAUGUGAUGCUAUUGAUCACAUGAAUCAUCUUUUCUGGUGCAUGUCCAAGAUCGAUAAUCAAUAUGUUGUUUAUACAGAUCAGUCUACACAAUAUUGAUACUAUAUAGUCCCAUAAGAACUGGAGAAAACUCAGACUGAUGUCAGUUGAUCGUUGUUGUGGUUCAAUGUUUAAGAGCCACUUGUUACUAAUACCUGAAGAACCAGAGAACACAUAUGGAAUCAUGUUGUAACCAAAAAUACGUUAAACAAAUCAAAAUAUAUUUUAUAUUUCAGAU